CCAUUAUGUCAAAGGUUUCCUGUAAGAUCAUGCUGACGUCCAACCUGCAGCUGCUGUACAAAGUACUCAGUGUUCCAGAAAGUGCACCUUUCACAGCAGUCUUAAAAUUUGCAGCAGAAGAAUUUAAAGUUUCUGCAGCCACAAGUGCUAUUAUUAUCAUUGAUGGACUAGGAAUAAAUUCUGCACAGACUGCUAGAAAUGUUAUUCUAAAGCAUGGUUCAGAGCUGCAAAUUAUUAGUAGAGAUCAUGUUGGAAGUUGUUAA